UUCAACUUUGGCUUGCCUGGCAUAUUUGAAGAUAGAAACGCUGAUUUGCUCAGUCAACCACAGCCGAUCUUAAACUCGUUGCGACUCACACAUCAUACAUCGUACGUUAUUUUGGGGCUUCCAUACAUUCUACGUCAACAGCUGUUGUCAAAAGGCAUCAGCGACCAGCUUCCAAUUCUACUGGAUUAUUCCUGGUAAACUGAAUGGUUAGAGCCUCUGGAUCAUGAUUGUUGAAACUGUUUUCUCCUUGUUUCUGGUGUGGUUCGCUUGGUAUGCAGUCAAUACAUACACAAAGCGAAGAAACAUGCCUCCUGGACCGUUCCCAUAUCCGUUCCUUGGCAACCUUCCUCAAAUCAUCGCUGCAGAUCCCGUGAUGCCCUUUACCGAACUAGCAAAAAAAUAUGGAGAUAUUUACACACUUACACUCCCCGAUGGCCGAGAUGGUGUGGUUUUGAACACUGCUUCGCUUGCGCGCGACGCAAGACGAGCAGGACGGCAAGAGGACCUUGCAGGAAGAUCGGAAAAGAUUUCAGACCCUUGGAGGAAGAUGUUCGGUAAAGAUGUGCUCACGUCCGAUUAUUCAUCCGAAUUUCGUUUUCGGAAGAGGGUGUUGUUAUCUGCUCUGCAUGUUUUUGGCCCCGCGAUAGAACAAGUGACCGAUCGUGCCAGACAUGCUGUUGAUACUAUGGUCGAAGAGAUCGAGUCGAAGCCCGGACAUGCAUUUUCGCCUAAAGAACUUAUGGAAUCUGCCAUUCUAGUCCAGCUUUGGAAGUGGCUCACAUCGAAAGAUGUUAGCUUGAAUGAUCCAACAGUGAAAAAACUGGCCGAGUUUGCAGAACUAUUUGCAAAACAAGCUAUCCUCAAUCCUGUAUUUCAGCUUUUUCCAUUUCUGACGUAUCUUCCAACGUCAUUUUCUCGAGAUGUCCAACGGGCACAAGAGAUCCGGGACUCUUUAUUCCCACCGGAAUAUCGAGUUCACCGGGAAAGUUACUGCCCGAGUGUUCUACGCGAUCUUACCGAUAGCUUCAUCAGUGCUUACGAAAAGGAGAUUAGUAAGGAGAAUUCGAAAGACGUUGGCUCUAUAGACGAUAUACCAUACCUAAUGCUGAAUGUUGCUAUGGGCGGAUCAGAAACAACCUCAAGUUCGCUUACUUGGUUUUUUCUAUUCAUCGUCUUGCAUCCCCAUGUACAGACUAGGAUUCAGGAAGAACUUAACGAGAUCGUAGGCAGAGAUCGUUUGCCCCGUUGGGCGGAUUUACCGAACUUGCCAUACUUACAAGCUACUUUGUGUGAAACUCAAAGAGCAUCCAACGUAAUCCCUGUUGUCACGACGGAUGCAUAUCGUGACACAACAAUCGCUGGGUAUCACAUUCCAAAAGGUACGUCCAUUUACCUGAAUUUGUCAAAAAUUCAUCACGAUGAACGGGAAUGGGUCGAACCAGAUGAGUUUAGGCCCAAACGAUUUCUCGACAGUGAUGGAAAGUUUGUAGGCUGGAACAAACUACACAGUUUUUUACCUUUUGGCGUUGGCCGUAGAGAAUGUCCUGGCCCAUCCUUGGCAAAGGUGAUGAUGUUCACGUUUGCGUCAGUUUUAUUACAUCGUUACAACUUUUUGUUGCCUGAUGGAGCGGAAAGACCAACCACUAAGGUUUCUUUCCCCGCAGCAAUACUUCGUCCAAAUGAUUAUCAAAUAGUUGCAAAGCCACGAAGUUUUAGGAUAUCUUAAAUUA